CAGCUGAGCCAGCUGAGCCAGCAGCCACUCAGGCGGUCGUCGAAUGCAGCGAGUCCCAUAUCGUCUCUCUGGAGCUGGCCCAGUGCGCGGGUGCUCGGCGCGCGGAAGCCGCGGUGUUUGUGGCGGCGUCCGCCAGGGGCGCGACCUAUACCGGCGUCGCGAGCGUCGCGCUGUGCCGGGGCCAAUGGACGGCGAGGGUGGAAAUUUCCGAUGGUUCGUCUGCUCUUCGCCUAAAGAAAGGCGCGCUCUUCCGAGGGAGAAAGAUUUUUCCACCUCAGCCGGCGGCAACGUGCUGAAAUAACGGUCAAGCUCGGAUUUUUUUUUCCACCGAGCAAGUUCGUCCGUUCAAUUUUUGUAUCGGGGAAAAAAAUAUAUCAAAGAAACCCAUCGGGAAGAAAACGUAGAGAACGGACUGCGACAGUAUCAAGUGUGUGUUUCUUUCUCACCCUGAGGAUUCCUCGUUAGAGAAGGCGUCUUGCGAGGAAACAACAGACUGGGAUCUCGUGCAAGACGCCUGUCAUUUUGAGUUCCUUCAUCCGUGACUGACAGACAGAUUCAUCUCCAUCACGCUGAGACUCCUGCAGACCAGUGACGCCAAGAGGCUUCCAACAUGGAAAAGAAGGCGUCGAAGCCUCACGUAUUUAUGCUGUCCUUCUUCAGCCGCGGUGCUUCGUUCAAGGAAAGCGACGCUGCUUCGUACACUACAACUCAGGGAGUCCCCAUCUGCCGGAGGGUGGACGACAAUGACGAGUCUUCGUGCACCACUAGCGGCUUGGGAAGCCAGCAGGACCUGGCAGGGCCUCAGGAAAGGGGCAAGUGGACGGGAAAGGCGGACUUCGUCUUCGGUUGCAUCAGCUACGCCGUGGGCCUCGGAAACGUCUGGAGAUUUCCCUACCUCUGCUACGAGAAUGGAGGAGGUGCGUUUCUCAUCCCAUACUUCAUCUGCCUGGUCACAACGGCCAUCCCCAUGUUCUACCUGGAGGUGGCGAUGGGCCAGUACCUCAGCCGAGGAGGCAUCGGUAUCUGGAAUAUGGUACCGAUGUUCAAGGGCAUUGGCAUAGCAUCAUUGACAAUAGUCACUCUCUCCAAUAUCUACUACAUGGUGAUUGUGGCGUGGAUCCUGUUUUACCUCAUCUCUUCGUUCACCGAAGUGCUCCCUUGGAAGCACUGCGGAAACCAUUGGAACACCGAAAACUGUUGGGAGUACAACAGCACUGAGCUUCCUCCCCACAAUCGCUCGGUCACUCCCAUCGUUGAGUUCUGGGAAAACCAUGUGCUUGGGAUUUCGUCAGGACUUCACGAGAUGGGAGGCAUGAGGCUAGAACUCGCACUCUACCUUUUUGUGUCAUGGGCUGUUGUUUAUGUCAUCAUUUGGAGGGGCCUCAACCAGAGUGGAAAAAUUGUCUGGGUGACUGCCAUCUUUCCAUACGUCUGCCUCUUCAUCCUCCUUGUGAGGGGUGUCACGCUGGAUGGAUCGUUGGACGGCCUCUUGUUCUAUGUGACCCCAGACUGGAGCCAGCUGCUCAAGCCAAAGGUGUGGAUUGCUGCGGGAACCCAGGUGUUCUACACUUUUGGGAUUGGAGUUGGCUCUGUGGUCACAUUAGGCAGUUACAACAAGUUUCACCAAAAUUUCUUCAGAGAUUCAGCCAUUGUGUGUUCCAUAAACCCCUUGACAAGCAUACUGUCAGGGACAGUGAUCUUCUCCGUGCUCGGUCACAUGGCAUACUUGGCAGAUAAAUCGGUUGGCGAUGUUGUCAAAUCGGGACCAGGUUUAGCGUUUCUUGUAUACCCUGAAGUCGUCACACGGAUGCCUGCAUCCACAGUGUGGUCAAUACUCUUUUUCAUGAUGUUGCUCUGCUUGGGGAUUAACAGUCAGUUUUGCCCAUCAGAAGCCAUAGUUGCUGGCAUAAUUGACCAAUGGCCUCACCUGAUGAACCGGCGAAAACUCAUCACAUUUCUCAUGGUUCUCUUCCAAUUUCUGUUGGGGCUUCCUAUGGUGACUCAGGGAGGCAUGUACCUUCUACAGCUGAUGGACAACUAUGCCGUGACUGGGAUCACAUUGCUCUUUGUGGUGUUCUUCCAAGCAAUUGCCCUGGCCUGGAUAUAUGGAACUAGCAACAUCUCUGAUAACAUCAAGGAAAUGCUUGGACGCCGGCCUAGCAUUCUAUUCCGAGUGAGCUGGUCCAUAAUUGUGCCUGCAAUGUGUGUGGCAAUAUUCCUCUUUUCUGUGAUCAAGUACCAACCCGUAGUGUAUGCCAAGACGUAUGCUUAUCCGUGGUGGGGCGAGAUGAUGGGCUGGUUCAUGGCCCUUGUUUCCAUGGUCAUGAUCCCAGCCUACAUGAUCUACUUCCUUAUUACGACGCCUGGCUCUCUACGACAGAGGUUCAUAGCUGGCGUCACAUCUCAGCUGUCGACUCAUACUGCAAAAGAAGAAAAGGAGUACACCUUCAGCAACACCGCCCUGCAAGCCUAGGCCUGGGCGCACUCAUCACUCACCUCGACACUUAUUACAGCCUGCAUUGUACCUAUGCAUCUAGUAGUUCAUGUAUAAUAUUGUAUCUAUUUUUUUAAACAAAUAUACAAAAACGGAUUAUAAAUCACCCCUAAAUUAUGCUUGUACGUGUAAGAGUGGCAUUUUAUAAAGCCAUUGUUAAAAACAAA